GUCGGGAUUCCUGUCCCGGUCCUAUCAGCGCGGCGACUGGAAUAAGAGGAAGGAAAUUUGGGACGCGUUGGCUCACCGCAGCCUUAUUUCAAAAUGAACUAUAUGCCCGGCACCGCCAGCCUCAUCGAGGACAUCGACAAAAAACACUUGGUUCUGCUUCGAGAUGGAAGAACACUUAUAGGGUUUUUAAGAAGCAUUGAUCAAUUUGCUAACUUAGUGCUACAUCAGACUGUGGAGCGUAUUCAUGUGGGCAAAAAAUACGGUGAUAUUCCUCGAGGAAUUUUUGUGGUCAGAGGAGAAAAUGUGGUCCUACUAGGAGAAAUAGACUUGGAGAAGGAGAGUGACACACCCCUCCAGCAAGUGUCUAUUGAAGAAAUCCUAGAAGAGCAAAGGGUGGAACAGCAAACCAAGUUGGAAGCAGAGAAGCUGAAAGUUCAGGCUCUGAAGGAUCGAGGCCUUUCCAUUCCUCGAGCAGAUACUCUUGAUGAGUAUUAAGUCCUGUGCUCAGAGGCUGUUGCCCUUAAUGAGCAGGGGCUGUUCCUGAAUGAAAUCACAUCCUGGUCACCUCACACAUUGGUCCAGAGACUGUAGAAUUUUGAAAAGUCUUUUUUUUUUUGCAGUUUUUGGCCAGGGCCAGGUUUGAACCCGCCACUCGCGGCAUAUGGGGCCAUCGCCCUACUCCUUGAGCCACAGGUGCCACCCCAUUUUUAUUUUUAAUUCUUUCACAUAUGUAACAUGAAGAAAUCAUGUGGGGAUGGGCGGCGCCUGUGGCUCAGUCAGUAAGGCGCCGGCCCCAUAUACCGAGGGUGGCGGGUUCAAACCCAGCCCUGACCAAACUGCAACCAAAAAAUAGCCGGGCGUUGUGGCGGGCGCCUGUAGUCCCAGCUGCUCGGGAGGCUGAGGCAGGAGAAUCGCUUAAGCCCAGGAGUUGGAGGUUGCUGUGAGCUGUGUGAGGCCACGGCACUCUACAGAGGGCCAUAAAGUGAGACUCUGUCUCUACAAAAAAAAAAAAAAAAGAAAUCAUGUGGGGUUUUUGUUUUUUUAAAUAACAAAAUCAUUGUUUAAAGAAGCAGUGGCAUGGACUCCUUUCACACGUCACUGUGGAGCCAGCAACUACUGUUCUUUAUAUUGUUCUCCUUUAGAGUUUACAGGGGACAGUCUUCAUUUACUUGUAAAUAAAAUAUGAAUCUAAAAA